GCGGCUCACACCGUGCAGUUCCGUGCGGCUCAGGAAGAGGCUCCGCGCCGCUAAAGCUAAAGGCUGCUCCGGCUGAGUGAAGGGCUCCGUCCAUGCGGAGGCUAGCGCUCAUUCUGCUGCCCUGUGCUGUCGCCGUCCUGGUGCACUUGUGGUUGGCACAACGACCCUCCUCCACCCCGCCGGACAACAACACUCACUCGGAUGAGGCUUUACCUUUCUAUGAAGUUUUGGUGGGAGUGCUGUCAGCGAGACACCAUUAUGAACUGCGACAAGCGAUAAGGGAGACCUGGCUGGGCUACCUCCGAGAUCACCCCCACUUCCAGCACAGAGUGGGGGUGAAGUUUAUCGUGGGCGAACAUGGGUGUCCCAUUCCAGAGGAGGACAGAGAGGAUCCGUACUCCUGCUCCCUCCUGAACUUCACCGAGCCAGUGGCAGGCCAGGAUGCGGAGAUAGAGAUCGUGACGGUGUCUGACCCCUCGGCGCUCGCCCCCUCCGACGUGUCGGCCAUCGCUCUGGAUUUCAAGGUCCUCCACCCGGUGGUGAUCACCAGGCUGGGGGUGUUUCCCAGCGGGACCCGGCCCGAGCUUCAGAGCAAUGUGACGGUGAAGCUUCUCCAGCUGGACCAGGAGGAGGCUGUGGUCACUGCUCGCUUCAGUGCCAUCAGCCCGGGGACCAUGGUGAACGGGGUGUGGUACAAACCAGUGGAGCAGUUCAUUUUGCCUAAGGGUUUUGAGGGGACGCUGGUUUGGGAGAAUUUGGACUCUGCUGGACUGAGUGUCAAUUCCUCCUCUGUGCAGCUCAGUGAUGGAGGAGGUGUCCUCAAGAUCUCCUCUAUUGCAGAGGGCAUAUUGCCUCAUAGAAGUGCGCUUGGAUUUCCUGGUCUGGCUGGAGGGUUCACAUUUACUAUCUACGAUGGAGAUGGCCUGUCGGGGCUCCUGCGGGACCGCCCGGCUAGGAUGGAGCACCAUGCCUCCAGGUUGAGGCAGGAGGACGCUGUCUUGCAGCAGGAGAGCCUCAGGCACGGCGACAUGGUGUUUGUAGACGUGGUAGACACCUACAGGAACGUGCCUUCCAAACUGCUUCAGUUCUAUAAAUGGUCUGUGGGAAACGCUGACUUUAAUCUGCUGCUGAAGACUGAUGAUGAUUGUUACAUCGACGUGGACUCAGUAUUAAUGAAGAUUGACCACAAGGGUCUCAAGCGCAGCAAUUUCUGGUGGGGGAAUUUCAGGCAGAGCUGGGCAGUGGAUCGCAUUGGGAAGUGGCAGGAACUGGAGUACGCUAGUCCAGCCUACCCGGCGUUCGCCUGCGGCUCAGGCUACGUGGUCUCUCGUGACCUGGUCCAGUGGCUUGCCAGCAAUGCAGAUAAACUGAAGGCCUACCAGGGAGAAGACGUCAGCAUGGGGAUAUGGAUGGCAGCUGUUGGACCACAGAAAUAUCAGGACCCCGGCUGGCUAUGUGAGAAAGACUGCUACCUGGACAUGCUGUCCUCUCCCCAGCACACAGCCGAGGAGCUGCACAUCCUCUGGGACAGGAGGCGGACCUGCGGAGACCCCUGCGGUUGUCCCUGGGGACACUAAAUGGCUCCCACUCACCAGGUGGCACUGUGGGUAGAAUGCACUCAACACAGGUUAUCGGUUCAGUUUUUGUGAUUUCCUUAAAACGGAGUCCUUUCAGACUUUUAUCAGUUAUUAUUAUAUGAUAAAAACACUUAGAUUUUUGAACUAUGUGACUUUCUGUUGGAAAAUAAUCUUAAAAACUUUGAGAUUUCAUUGCAGGUUCUUAAUAUUAACACAAAUACUGUGCCAACAUAAUAAACCAUUUGCAGCUUUAGAAUAUGUUCAAAACUCACAUUUAGCUGUAGCACACUGUCAGUAUUUGUAUCAUGAACUCAGUUAUUCAGUUUGAGAUUGAAAGUGUCUUCAGUGGGAAAAGACUGCGGAUUAAAGGAUGUUUCAGUAACGUGACAACUGACAGGGAUUGAUAAAACCAUGUGCAAUACCAGCAUGUGAUGAUCAUCGUGUACAGAAUCAUUGCUGUAAGACUUCAGUACUUUGUAAUACUAUAAUUAUUGGCACUCUGAUACUUGACGGACUUAAACCUUUUGGCUAAAAAGGGACAUUUGGUGGAAUUUUAAAGAUGAUUGCUUUGCGUUGCUAUAUUUUGUAAAUGAUUGUCUUAAGCUUUUCAUCCUCUUCACUAUUUGUAGAUUUAUGACAAGUUUUCUCACAAACACACACACACACACACACACACAGUUUGUACUGUGACUGUCAUUGUGCAAAUAGUGAUGUGGCCUUACCGUAUUUGUUAGGCGUCAUGCUGUACGUACGUUAACACUUGUGAUAUCGACACAGAUUUGAAUUAGUGUAUUUGCGACACACGUUUUUGGAGCUUGACCAAGCAGUCGGAGUGACUGGAAUAGACUCACUAGUUUAACACUGGUUUUAUGAAACCCUCCU